AUGAUUAGUAUAUCCAACCUCGGUUUGCUUCUCGUAGUGUCCUUCCAAAUCAAGAAACUCCCAAGGGUCGUUUAUGGUUAUCAGAUAGUGACCAAGUCGGGCGUUCAGGUCACACACCCACUAUUUUUGUUUACGAAGCAAAAUACAACUGACACCGUUGAGAGAUUGAGGAACUCACUUGGUGAGAUUUUAGUGCACUACUAUCUAGUAGCUGGCAGAUUGAGCUUAGCGGAAAGUGGUCGAAUUGAAGUAGAUUGCAAUGCAAAGGGAGUGAGAUUGUUUGAAGCUCAAACCACAACAUCAUUUGCUAAUUAUGACUUUUCACCUUCUGAGUCUGUCAAGGAACUUGUUCCAAAAAUUGAUUACACUCAAUCCAUAGAAGAAAUUCCUUUGUUGUUUGUGAAAUUGACAAGAUUCCAUGGUGGUCAAGGAUUUUUUUAUUGGCGUGGCUUUCAGUCACCCUUUGUCUUAUGCGCUUGGUUACUUUCAAUUCAUGAAUUCAUGGGCAAAGCUGGGUCGAGGAGAGACACUAGAGCCACAUGA